AAUUUAAUGCAAUUUUUCUUUCAUCCAAACAAGGGUAAAAUUACACAUACUAGGUCAAAUAUUUACAUACACGUAUAAAUGAAACUCCUCUGAUCUGUUAGAGUUCAUUUAAAUUAGUUGGUUUUCUAGCACAGACUGGACUUUAUACAUGUCAUACAUACAUUUUCAAAAGGUUAUUGUUAGUCUGCUAUAUCUAUUAAAAAUGAAUUUUGAUGUUUGUUUUUAAUUCAUUGUCCUGUUGGAACUGUGUCCAUGCUUUACCCAUCUAACCCAAACUUUCCCCUCUGAUUAAAGGAAAUGGAUGGGGAUGUGCUGGAACAACCUAGGAAUCACCAAGGCUCAAACUGACUAUAAACUAGAAAAUGCUGGAACAUCGGGGUCACCAUCAACAGUGAUUCGAGUUUAGCAUUGAAAUGGACUGAGAGGAUGUCAACCAAGAAACCUAUGCCUUCAGGCUUGUCUGAAAAUUGCAGCUGCCAGCAUGAACAAGUCUAAUGCUUUCUGGGGAAAGGUUUUAUAGUCACAAUGACAAAAAGUAUCUUUGAAGGAGUCAAGGUGAGUAUUUUAAAUUUAAAAAUACGACAGCAGCUGUCAAGCAUGGUGGUGGAAGCAUCAUGCUGAAGGGGAGUUUUGAUUUGAUGGUAUGGUCCAUCGCACAGAGUGGAUCUGUGGAACCUCCAAAAACCUGGACACAACUGGGUAUUCCACCAAUACCGAAAUGUAGUGGAUAAUGGAGGCUAACUUUGACCUUCCUUGAAAAUGUAUAGACUACGCCAGGAAAUCAACCAUUUUAAAUAGGCACUACUACUUCUGAUAAGAAGACUGGUCAAAUAUCCAGCCAGAAGUAUGGCAGAAACCUGUUGGUAGCUGCAGAAAAUGUCUGAUUUUUCUCCAACUUAAGGGAGUCCUAGCCAAAUGAUUGUGUUUUUAUAGCUAAUCAAUAAUCUCAUACCUAUCCAAACAGUUCUCAGGUCAAAUGAAUGAUUAAAAAGCCCCAAAUCAAUCACAUUUGUGCUAAUAAUGAGUAUGCAAACUGACAUUCCUUUCAGGUAAAGAGAGAAAAACAAGGGGCGGGGCUUGUUGUGCUCACUUUUAUUUUAACUAGCUUUUUUUUUACAAGCAAAAUACUAACUGACUUUCUGAAAGGAAUUAAAAAAUAUAGAUAUUAACAAAUAUUUAAAGCACAAAGAUAAGCUUGUUAUAAAGCAGCGAGUUUUAUGCCAGAAUCAUCAGAGAGACAGAGCCUUGCUGCACCACCACACCUGUUUGAGAAAUCCUCACUUCAAGGUUCAGAUUGUAGAAUAAUUGUGAUCUUGAAGCCUUCAAAUGUGCAGAAACAGAAGCAUGAAUCUUCUUCCCUGGAUGGUCAGAUAUUUGUUACAGAGAGCAUGUUGAUAACCUCACCCUGACUGGGUCAAGUAAACACAGAUAAGGCUCAUCUCACAGUGGUCGGACAGACAGUUUCAGCCAUGAUCCUGACAGCUCGCAGUUUGUGUCUCCCUUCUGCAGCCACCGUCCAGGAGUUGUUCUCAGUGGCUCGAGAUGCCGACAUCAUUCCAGACAUCUCUUUGGAUCCUGUCCUCACAACUUUCCUCUCCCUGGACUCCCCCGCAGCUCUCCAGCACCAGUAUGGCUUCCUCCAGCGGAGCAUGAGUGGCGAGCAGCAGGCGGCCUUCAACCUGAACCUCACGGCGGAGGUGGACUGCUGCAGGGUCACAUAUGGAGGCGUAGGGGUCAUCGCUUUAGCCCUGUCCCUGCUUUUUGACCAGGUGGCCCGACAUGUCCGAGUACAAGGUUCAACAGAGGGCUUCCGUUCACCUAAGGGAUCCAGAGCUGAGAGGAUUUUCGGCAUCAGCACAUCUUCAAGAAUCGGCUCGAUUAUCCACAGCUACCUCAGUCUCAUCCCUGGCAUCGCCAACAACGAAGAGAAAAUGGCUGAGACCACCGAGCUCUACGACAACUUGCUAAACCUCGAGCUGAUCGACCACUACGAGAGGAUGACCACCAAGAAGAGAAUGAGCACAGAGUCCAUGCAGCAGUGGUUGGCAGGAGCUGCGUUUCAUCUGCACCUCAGGAUCCACCAGGUCCGUCUUCACUCUGUGCCAUCAGGAUCCAUCGAGUCUCUGCGUCUGUCUUAUAAGACAGGAUUAAAUCGCCUCGUUCAUGGCUACAUCACCUAUUUACGUAAAAACGUCUUGGAGACUGAAGCAACAGGGCUACUGAAACCUAAAACUGGACCAGGCAGCAGGACGGAAAACAACAGCACCUCCAGCAUCAGUAAUGUGAUGGUUAACCCAGCUGAUGCCACAUCCAAUUCAACCGCAGGAGAAAACACAAGCUGUAAAGGCUUUGGAGUCAGCGAGCUAAGAGGAAGAAACGCCUCCAGCCUCGAUACUUCAAUAGUUCAGUGUAUCAGGGAGGAGGAAGACAGCAAGCCUGGUCUGUUAGUCAUCGAACCUCAGAGAAAAGUGAGUCACAACAUCCAGCAUCACCCCUGUGAGUCUCCGGCCAUCCAGCAGGCUUUGGUGACUCGUAUAAUGAAGGCCCAGGACCUGCAGCGCAACAGGAACUUCUUCCUCUAUCCUGAAAAAGUCCUACAAAGCCUUCUGAGGCAGAAGGACGACUUUGAACUGAAAGCAAAUUAGACUGAAAUCAAUUUUCAGCUUCAGUUAUCAAAUCCCCCCAAUAAAACACUAUAUAGACAAAAAAUCACUCAUUCCUUCAAAAUUUUACUCUGAAUCAGUCAGUGUAAAAGUGGCUUUCCUGGUAAUGACUGGACUUUGACAAUGUUAAGGUGCAGGAAAUCAGAGGAGAGGAAAUACGACUGAUUUGAUCAAUAAUUGGAAAUUUCCUUCAGUUAAUUUUUCUGGUAUUUACUAUAGGUUAACCUCAAAAUGGGAAAUCCAAUUGAUCCUUAUAUUCUCUGUUCUAUAUAACCCUAUUUUGUCACAUUUAUCUGUACCAAUACUGAUGGAUUUUAAUGUUUACUUUAACUAUAAUUUGAAGCAUUGUAUUACAACGCUGUACACUCUAUUAUGGAUUUAUAUUGUAUUAAAUAUUAUAGUGCACAGUCACUAUUGAUAGAAAUUUAAUUUAUUGCUUGUGUGAGUUUUUAUAAUAUUGAAUAAAAUAAUUUGUCUUUUUGGAAACAAAAAAUAAGAAAUAAGGGAUAGCAACAAUUCUAAGACAACAUAAACUCCCAUUCCAGCUAAAACAUCAAUAUAUUUUCUUCUUAUCUCAUUUUAUGUAUAAGCAAAUGGAGAAGGUUAAGUACAAUUUUUCUAGUUUAUGAAGAUAUGCAAAUGAAUGUAAUUGAUUUUUCCAUGUACAUUUAUGAAGAAUGGUAUUUAUCCAUUAAAAUAAAAGAAAAAUACUA